CAGUUAUUUGAAUUUAGUGGGUCACCUGGUUAUGUCCUCUGACUGGCAAACUCAAAUUGAUUGCUGCUGUCUGCGCUUCAUCUGGACUGCUGUUCAGCUGCUGUCUGCUGUUUCAGCUGGACUCUCGGCAUCAAUGCAGUCAGCAGCUUUUAUUGCACUGUUCACGUCACAGUCCAAUUGGACUGUUCCGCUAGACUGUUCAGCUGGAGGUCCUUCAACUGGAAUUCUGCAUAAGUUUUAUUUUGCUAGGAGUCUGUCAGCUGAUGUCUUAACACUCCAGCUGGAGUUUGCGACAUCCUUAUUGGCUGCCAGCUUCAGCUGA